AUGUCCUCUCCAGGCAAGUGCGGCGCCGGCCCAAACGCGGUGCUAAUGCAGAUCGCCCCCCGGGCGCCGCCUCGGGUGCUGAGCCACCUGGCUUCCCCCGCCCGCUUAUUGGACGCCCUGCAGGGCUUCACCACCCUGCCCAUGGACCGGGCCUCCCUCCGCGCGGUGGAGCUGCGCUGCGCGGGCAACGCGGCGGCGCGCGCGGGCCAGCCCGGCAGGGCGGUGCGCCUUUACUCCCAGGCCCUGGACCUGCCCGCCAGCCGCGCCACUGCGCACCUCCUUCUCAGCAAUCGGGCAGGGGCGCGGCUGGCGGCGGGGGACGCGGCGGGGGCGGCCGAGGACGCUCGCGCGGCUGUGGCCUGCGCGCCCUCGGAUUUCACCACUGCCAGCGUGAGGCUGGCAGAGGCGCUGCGCGCGCUGGGCCAAGCGCGGGAGGCGGCGGCGGUGGUGGUGGCGGCGGGCGUGGCCUGGCCGGCCUUCGGGGAGGGGGAGGAGUGCCGGGCGCUCCUUGCGCAGCUGGAGGCGGAGGUGGGGCGGGAACUGGCCCGCGCGGCCUGA